UUUUGCUCGCGCACACUGUUUUAAGAUCCGGGUCGUUGUGUUCGUGUUCCCCCUUAGUAUGUGUGUUGUGUGUGUGUUAUGUCCGUGCCAAAAGCCAAAAAACUAAAUUGAAACCAAACUAAAAAGAUAAGAGGAAAAAAAAGAAAAGGAAAAAAGAAAACACGAAACCAAAUCUCAAAUGAAACCGAACCGAACCAAAUUCUAGCAGCGAAGCAAGCAAAGCUUAAUGUAAAACCCCAAGAGAGAAAACCUACCAACCACCCCCUAUUGGAAUAAUAAUAAUAACAACAACAACAACAAUAUAUAUUGUCAUCAUUUCAACAGCAAGAAUUAAGAGCACAACUGAACAGCAAUUAACAAGAUAAUAAUUAGUAAUUAAUAAUAAUAAUAAUAAGCAGCAACAGAAUCAAGAGAGAACAAAGUAAAUCCCAGCAGUGGGUAUGAUGGAAGGACGGAAUGCUGAAACUAAGAAGACCGAUGAAAAUGUCCAGCCUGUUUCUCCCAUCCAUCAGUAUAGCAGGGAAAGACUUCUAGAGUUGAAAAAGGUUCCUGCUGCCAGGAGCAAGCCAUUAGGUCUUUCGAAAGAAUUUUACACCUCUGAUGGUGUGUGGGACCCAGAAAAAUGGUUCAAGGCUUUCAUUGCUUCACCUGAGGGGUCGCCCCUUACAAUCAGUGAUGGUCGAGAACGACGGCGACCUUUGGAGAUUGAUAGAGAAUUUAUCUUCCGCCGUCGCUUGUCGGACCCCAAGGAGCGUUUGAGGGAUGAUUGUAUAGUGUUAAGCCCUCAACGUAGAAGCUUUGGAACAGGGUGCCAUGUAACACUUUCGGGCAUCGGGAGACAAGUUAGUUGUCCUCCUGAUUUCAAAGAGUCAGCUCAAAGAGAGCGAACUCGAAGAAUUGGGAGUGGCCGAAUUCAACUCGAGAAGGAUUACAACUGUAGAUACGAUAACUUUGAAAGGAACGAUAGUGGUCGUGGUGAUAACUUUAGGAACAACUAUGAUCGGCGAGACAUGAAUCCACGAAGAAUAAAUACCCCCAACCGACGACGAAAUAUUCGUCGGCAUGAAGAUGACCCUGCUCCAGAGUGGUUCACGGAUGGACCAAAUAGCAAAACAGAUACCAUCGAGCUACGUGGUUUUGAAACCACUGGAGAGCAGGCAGAAGAGGACAUGGACGAGGUCAACAUGCCUGUUGUAAACAGGAAGGAGUAUCUCUCGCACAUCAAUGAAGAGGACAUUGCUAACAUCAGUGUGUCUGAGAGAAAUGGCAGCUUGGAAACUAAUGAAUCCAGUUCUCCUGAGGAUUCUCCACCCUCAGACAAUGUCCAUGGCACACCACCUCAAACAUCGCCUUUCUUUGAUCUUGAUGAAUUCUUCAAAAUCAAUAUACCAAUACUUGGGAUGAUGGAUGGUGGUUUGGAAGAAACUGAUGUGACACAAGGUAGCAGGUUUAGCCGCUGGUUCAGUCAAACUGCCAACCAUGACAACAACAGCAGGCGUUCCUCUAUUGUUGAGGAGACAGGCUGUAUACGAGAUCUGAUUGAAACACACAGUUCUACUACAAUUUCCUCCUCCUCAACUUCCCCAACUAUUUUGGGAGUAUCAAGUAUGCAUCCAUCUCAGGACCCUCUCAUCCAACAUCGUAAUCAUCAACUUCAACAACUGCAGCAGCAGCAACAGCAGCAGCCACAACAUCACCCCCGUCCCUAUCACCACAAGCCACCCUCACAGCAACAGCCAUCACUCCCACCAGUUACACAGUUACAACAAAUGCAUUCAUUGCAACCAUCUUCACUACCACCAGCAUUACAACAUCAACUAUCGCAACCAAUACAGCAGUCAGAAGACACUGGUAAUUCCCUGUUUUCCUUGGGUCCCCACCCAGUGAAUAGUAGUACAUUAUCGCCACAUCUACCAUCUCGAGCACCACCGUCACCCCGAUCGGAGCAGCAGCAGCAGCAGUCGUUAGGGCCGAGCAUCCUGUCGGGUAUUGCUCCUUCACAGGGUAGUAUUGUGUCCAGCAAAAGGGACAUCUUGGAGUCACUUAAUCAGGACACCACCACCACAACCAUUACCACCACCAACACCACCGCCAACAACAACAUCAACAACCACCACCACCACCACCACCACCACCACCACCGCAGCAGCAACAACUCUGUAUUGGAAUCUCUUUUCAACUUAAACUGUCCAGUCCCUGAAAAACCAGAUUCAGGUAGUCCUACCAAUGUCAAUGUGCACGAUGCUUCUGCUCAACUCAAGGCCUUACUGUUUGGUAAAGUUGGCCGAGAUUCUGUUGCUGCCUCUCCAACGCCUGGUAUAAAUGCCUAUGGCAUGCCAGGCCGUGUAAAGACGGUUGCUGAGAUUGAAGCUGACCUCCACCACCAAAUGAGUCCCAACGGUAUGGUUACUGUAAGUCCUUUGGAAGUACCAGACUGCAGUGGUGAUAUGUCAGCCUUCAACAAACUCCUCUCUAUGAUGAAGGCAGCUGCUGUCGACAACUCUAAACCUCAUAUUCCAGAUCGCAGGUCACCUCCAAAUCUUCCUGCUCAGCCUCCACCAACCAUUCCAUAUUUAACAUCUGGCCAAAAUGAAUUUUUGCAUGCAUUGAAUCGCAACAAAGAACAGCAACUCCAGAUUCAACAGCAGACUCUGAAUCAAAUUCGAAUGCAACAACAGCACCAACACCACCAGCACAACCAAGAACAGCAGCAGCAGCAAAAGUCCAAUCAGCCACCAACACCACAGCAGCAACAACAACCGACACCUGUCUUGCAACAACCUACCUAUGUGUCUGGAGUUACUCCAACUGGAAGUGGACAGCAGACCUCUUCUGAUGCUAUCCUAAACUUCAUCAAACAGAACCCAGACAUUAUUGCAAAACCUGCAUCACCGAACCCACAACUGGCAGCAGUUCUACAGCAUGUCGGACACCGGAACCUUUCCCCUGGAGGACCUCCAUUGCACCCUACAACAUCUCAGUACCUGCAACAGAACUUGCUAUCUGGCCAGCCUGGCUCUGUACACACCGCUCAGCCAAGAAUCCCUUCUCCUAUUAUGUUUAGUCAACAACCACCUGUACACUUAAGUGCACCUGCACCUGUCCAUCCUGGGCCCCUGGUGCAAAGCAGUCUUGGUCAGCCUAUUAGUAAUUUGACGAGUGCAACCAACAUACGACCUCACAGUGUGCUUCCGCGCGUGAACAGCCCCAAGGAUAUGAUGUCCUUUAAGAAGGAUAUGGAAGAACAUGAACGAUUUCUUAGAAAACAACAAGAAAGAUCCAAGUCUCCUGUCUCUAUUAGCCGAGGAAUUCCAACACCAGUCAAUAUGGGUCCCAAAACUUCAGUAUCGGUGGCUUUUACACCAACAUCAGUGAUUAGGAAGAUGCAUUCAGAAAAGGCUGUGGAGAAAGAACGCCAGGCCAAGCAGGAUGGAUGUAGUUUAAACAGUUACUCAGCUCAAAAAACUCUCAUGAAAAACCAAAUGUACAUAGACAGUGUCCUCAAAGAUUCCUACAGCAACAAUGUCUGUUCAGACAGCUCUCGAAGCAGUCCUCUGUCACUCAUCUGUGACAAAAAAGACAUUGGUCAGGGCCCCUCAGUGAAUGGCCACCCUCUGCCAAGGGGCCAGGACGGAUUGCCGAACCAACAACAUUCUGGACAAACACCUUUCCUCCCUCAAUCACAUCCCAACCUCCCAAUAGACUCUAGCAUCAUUGGCGGCAGCCUGAACAUAAGUGGCUCUUGCAAUUCUUCGGCAACACCGUCACCUUCGUCAGCCAAGUCUUCAAAACUGACCCCUCACAAGGGCCCUAUGUCUACUGCUGGAUGUGGUGAGAUCCUUGCUGCUCAACUCUUCAACCAUGAACAACAGAAUCCUAGUCCUUCUCAAACUCUACCUAGCAGUCCGUGUGACCAGUCUAAGUCACUACGGGCACUAAUGGGUCAAGGUAUGAUGCAGAAUCUCACUUCGCAACUCCUUCAGUCUGGUAUUUCAAACACAGCGACCAGUGCAGCCCAGCAACAACUCUCAUCAAGCUUGGCUGGACGACCAAUUGUUAAAGGGAGCACAAGCACCACUAGUUGUCUUCGGCCUACCGCUGGUGUACAAUCACUGACCUCCAUGAACUCUACCAAAGGAGAAAGGCCUCUCAACUAUCCAAGCAGCAGUACUACUACCAACAUGGAGUUAGCUAAAGUUCUAGAUUUGCAUCGUUUACAACAACAACAGCAGCAGCAGCAACAACAGCAACAACAACAACAACAACAACACCCAUCUCAACAGCCAACUUCUCCGUUGAUAAGCAAUGCUGCUCAUGGCAUUUCUCAGUCUCUGAGUGUUAACAGCUCCCCGCCAUUUGGCAUUCCUGUCAGCAACCGGAUGCCUCUACCACGUCCACUCCCCAACAUCGGAGUGCAUCCAGCGGCGAAUGUCUUACAGAUGCAGUUUAUGUUGCACGGAAGAAUGGCUGCCAUGCAUGCACAACGCUCGGCAGCUUUGGAGACACGCUUUCCAGGCAGCAUGCGAGCGGUCUAUCCUGGAGUGGUAGCACCACUGGUCCAGAGAACGUCCUUGGCUACAACUUCUUCUAUUGGUAUGACACCAAACCCGGCAGCUGCUGGGGUUGUGAAUGUGGGCAUGGGACAAGCUGUCUCCUCACAGAUACCUUCUUCCCUUCACAAGCAAGUCUCUGGAAGCAGUUCUCAGAAAUCCAGCUCUUCAUCAUUAGGAAAUAUGACAAACACAUCUGGAGCUGAUGUACUGAAGUGGUUUGACAGUGACUCACUCCGGACCCAGCUUCCAAACAUGCCUCUCCCGCCGCAGGGUCAGAAGGUUUUUACUGUGGAUGAAUUGGAGCGUAACCAGCAGGCUGUCUGAGAACCUUUCUAUCUUUUCUUCUUUCCCCCCUCUCCCAACAACACUUGUUAUAUAUAUGCGUGUGUGUAUGUAAUCAUACAUGUAUAUAUGCGUGUGUGUAUGUAAUCAUACAUGUAUAUAUGC